CAUUGGCGUUCAGGCUGUUCCGGCACCCACGAUAUAUGUAGAGGGUAUACUCGCCGAGAGCACGUGCGCAUUCAGGGGACUGUCAUCCCUCACUCUUUUGGUUUGUUUUGUAGCCUUCCACUCUCUUUCUGCUACUGCCUUUCAUUUUACAAUCAUUGAUGCAGCGCACGCCUUUCAUUCCUUGAUAUACCGGCGAGAUAACAUGCGGUUGCAAGCAUUUCUGGGGGCCAUAUGCCUGCGCGCAGUUGCAGCCUACUGGAUGGAGGAUGUCCAACACCAAGGGAUUUCCUCCUUUAACUCGGAUCCAUCGGGCUACCAGGUCUUCAGGAAUGUCAAAGACUUCGGAGCCAAGGGCGACGGUGUCACGGAUGACACGGCGGCCAUCAACGAGGCCUUAACGAGCGGGGACCGCUGCGGUUUUGACGGGACGUGCUGGGGUGGUUCUACCACGACUCCGGCCACCGUAUACUUCCCAAAUGGCACCUACCUCAUCUCCUCCUCCAUUCUGGAUUACUACUAUACCCAGCUCAUCGGCGACCCCACUGCAAUGCCUGUCAUUAAGGGCUCCGCCAACUUCACUACGUCUCACGGUAUGUCGCUAAUCGAGGCGAACCGGUAUGGCGCGAACGGCCUUUCCUACAAGGCGAUCAACGUGUUCUUCCACCAGAUUCGCAACUUGGUCCUGGACACCACCGGCAUGUCACCUAAUACUUCGGCCAUCGCCAUCCAUUGGCCAUCCUCUCAGGCAACCACGAUUCAGAAUGUCGUUUUCCGCCUUUCCGAAGCCCCAGGGAACAAGCAUACUGGAAUAUUCAUGGAGGAAGGCAGUGGUGGCUUUCUUGGGGACCUGGUCUUCUACGGUGGCCAGUAUGGUGCCCAGCUCGGGAACCAACAAUACACGACACAGAACCUCACCUUCUACAACGCGCAAACCGCCAUACUCCAAUUCUGGAACUGGUUUUGGGUGUAUAAAGGUAUCACCGUUGUCAACUGCGAGGUCGGUAUCGACAUAUCGGCCUCUAGUGUUGGCUCUGCAGUGAUACUAGACAGCUCCUUCCACAACACCUCUGUUGCUUUGGCCACGAAUAGAAGCACCACUGAGCCAGGGGAGAUGCCCGGCCAAGGUUCCCUGGUACUCGAAAACGUUGAGUUCAGUGGUGUCGAUACUAUGGUGGUAGGCCUCAGCAACGCCUUGGAGCUGGAACUCUCAAGCGAAAGCACCACCACCAUCAGUGGCAAAGUUUUGGGAAAUGUAUACACGCCGAGCGGGCCGAACUUUGUCUACGAUGGACCUAAUGACUGGUUCGACCGUCCAACUGCUCUGGAGGGCGAGGGCAAGUACUACAGGCAUUCGAAGCCCCGCUACGACGACACGCAUUCCACGCAGUUCCUUUCGGCCCGCAGCUUCGGUGCAAAGGGCGAUGGUGUUACGGAUGACACCGCUGCUCUCAACCUUCUCUUCGACUCCGCGUCCCAGUCCUUCAGCACCGGCGCAGUUGCAUUUGUCGACGCGGGUUACUAUAAAGUGACGGAUACGAUACGUAUUCCACCGAAUGUGCGAAUCGUUGGCGAAGCCCUAUCAUCUGUCAUUAUGGCCUCUGGAGAAAAGUUCUCCGACAUGAGCAACCCCGUCCCGGUGGUUCAGGUUGGAUUGCCUGGCGAAUCAGGCUAUAUUGAGUGGAGUGACAUGUUUGUUUCCACACAGGGCGGCACUGCUGGUGCAAUCCUCGUCGAAUAUAACCUUGCAGGCUGUUCAGAAUGCGAAAAUCCUUCAGGGAUGUGGGAUGUACACCUUCGUGUCGGUGGCCACGCUGGCUCGCAGCUCCAAAAGAACGACUGCCCAGCUAUCAAGAACGGGACCAAGAUCCUUGAUAGUUGCAUCGCGGCGUAUAUGGGUAUGCAUAUCACCAAACCCGCAUCUGAUCUGUAUAUGGAGAAUACCUGGAUGUGGGUUGCAGACCAUGAUAUCGAGGAUCAAAAUGCUACUCAAGUCUCGGUCUACGGCGGCCGCGGUCUUCUUAUAGAGUCUGAAGCCGGACGGAUCUGGAAUGUCGCCUCAGGUGUCGAACACUGGGUUCUUUACCAAUACCAGCUCAAAAAUACGCAGGAUAUCUGGAUGGGUCAGCUUCAGUCGGAAACACCCUACUACCAGCCGAACCCCCCCGCACCCUAUCCAUUCACCGAAGUGAACGAGGAAUUAAGCGACCCCGACUUUGCGACAGACUGCGCGGCUCUUGCUAGCAGCGGUGGCUUUAUUUCCGGUUCCAACAUCACCGCACCCUGCGAGAUGGCGUGGGGGUUGCGAAUCAUCGACAGUAGCAAUGUAGUGGUGUAUGGAGCUGGUCACUAUAGCUUCUUCAACAGCUACGACACAACGUGUAGCGACGGGCCCUUUGGGUCGACAAAGAAGUGCCAGUCUCGGAUGGUCUGGAUUGAGGAUACCACAGGAUCCUCGGAGAACAUCGCCAUUUACAACUUACUGACCAUUGGUGCUUUGAGCAUGCUGACGCACAAUGGCUCAGAUGUUGCAUUGUGGAAGGACAAUUGGAACGUGUUUGGAGAGUCAUUGGCUCUGUUCAAGGCCUCAUAA